AUGCAGCUAUCCGGUCACUCUGGCGGCCAUGUCUUAAACCUGGUGACUUUGCAGCGCUUCAUUCUAUCAUUUAUCAUAGACACAGCUCUGGUGCAGCAGUUGGGUGUCGUCAUUGCAUCGAGAUCUUUCCCUAGCAGUCUUCUCUUAUCGGGUAAUCUCUCACUGGUUGUUGCCACGCUCGAGCUGCAAAGAAUGGACCACGAGACUUCGGGCGCUCAAGGUAAGAUCAAGCUUGACUUCCAGCCCUCCAUUAAAUCCCAGAGCAUGCCCGUUUCUCUGUUGGAAUGGCACUUGCCUGGAUACGGACGUAUCGUGCUGAAAGAAAGCAAUCCAGCGUUCCAGCCUACUACACCUCGAGAGCCCGUUCCCAAAGUCCAAGUCCCCGCCGCGAGAAACCCUCUCAAUCAAAACCCAGAGGAAGGAGUGCCGGUCGAAAUACCCAGUGGAAAGCCGUCGUUCGAGAACCGACCCAGAGGCUGGUCUCGCCCAUCGAGAGGACGUGGUGGGUUCCGGGGUAAAUCAUCCCCGCCUCGUCAGCCAAGGAAUCUUUUUCAGGAGUCCCCUGCCAAGUCAAAAUGGAGGUCAGGAAACGAGCCAGCUCAUUUCAUGAAUCUGCCCGCUCCCUUUGGGUCCUUCAAGCAUGAGUUUUUUGGAGUGGCAAGAACGCACCUUUUAGGCGGAGGCCAUUCGGCAGCCAAUGCCAAGCAGGAGGUAUUUGAUGCCGUCGGCAAGAAAACUGGUGCAUAUGUAAAUCCGCCCUCUUAUAACGAAUCGGUAAUGUGCAUAUGGGGUGAAGCGGCUCAGGUUUCUGCUGCAAAGGAACUACUCGAAGGUAUCAUUUCGAAGUGCAUUGGUCUGCAACGUAUGUUCAGCAGCAAGAAAGGAGAAUGGCCAAGGAUCAUCGCACAUUCAGCCAACAAAGAGGCAAAUACUGAAAUGGCAGAGAGACACGAGAGCAUGUUGGUCCAACUGAGGAAGGAACCGGAUAUGACCUACGUGUUUCCAGAGCAGUUGCUUUUCCUCUGGCCCAAGGAAGGCCCAUCCAUCAAAGAGGCACUUGGACCCGAGCUUGAAUCCCUUGACUCAAUCAGAUCCAAAUUCCUAUGCCACGUCUUCGUUCUAAAGGAUGAUCCGAAUUUCAUUUGUGUCCUUGGUGAUGACCAUGACACCAUCAAGCACAUUGCUCACCGGUUGAGAACCAAGUGGGCCGAAGUGAUUGCGAAUAGCAAUAUCGUAUCCAAGGUUUACAUUGUCGAGCCACCGGAGGCAGGUUAUAUGAGAAGAAAGGUUGUUGUUCAAAAUAAUACCCUGCACAGAGCCGCGCUUUCUGGAGCCAUACUGAGUGAAUCGGAAUUGAGAAAUUGGCGCAGCCGAGGAAAGCUCAUACAGUCGAAGAAUAAUGCGCGCGUUAUAAACGCCGUUGAAAGAUCGUUGCGGGGUCUUGUCUUCGUGCGUGGACAUUUGCGCAUGCGAGUGAAUAUUGGCUCAUUUAUCCUGGAGAAUUAUCGACUCCCCAAAGAUGAUAAGUCCUGGUACGGAUUUGAAGAGUUCCGAGAGAUGCUGCUGUACGACCAAACUAAAGGCCGCUUGAUCCCUGGAUUGAAAGUCGACCAAAAGGAACUUCUUACAAGAUGCUAUAAAGCAACCCAUUUACUCGAGCCUUACGAUACCACAUGCUCCUCGUUAGAGAAUGCAGAGCUUGCUUACUCUGUCAAUUUCGAAUUCCUGGGCUCGAACAAUUCGAUGCUCCGGCUUGAAGCAGAGUUUGCGAGAUCUCCCGGUGCACAAGAGUAUGAGAUUAGACAGAGGCGAUGGCUCAGACCUCGUAAAAGUGGCCAGAAUACUGAGAGGCAGGCCCCUCUGCAGAUUGGGGUCAUUGAUUUUGAAAGAUCCGACUGGCAGCUUGAGGUCAAAUCCUUGGAGUUUUAUGAAGCGUCCUCGGUUGAUGUCUCCCUGAAAGCAUUUUCUCAUUUGAUCAAUUUCCGUCGUUCCACUACCAUGCACGACAUCUUUGCAGAGCCUCAGAGGAAGGUGAUGUUUUCCCAGUCAGCUCCGGUGGCCAGGUUUGUGGAGAAGACAGCCAUGCGGUAUCGGCUGAAAGGAACCGAAUACAUCCUCGAAAUUGCCCGCUAUGACGAAUAUAGCCGUGUCAACACGCAAAAUUUCCCAGAACAAAGCAUGGUGACUAUGGUGAGCGAGAUUUCUGAUGUCCCCUCCACAUCUUGGGGUGCAUCAGUGUUCAAUCCCAAGUGGGACAAUUUGCUGGGAGGGCACGCCAAUCUAUCCGUCGGACAUUCGGCAGCUUACAGCAUGGAUCUGGACACUUUCUUCCCAGCCCAGAAGGAAUCGCCGUUUGAAGGCAAACAUACGGGCUUCUGGGAGUUCGUAUCCUUGGUCAGGCAAAUAGCUGCGAUGCUUGGCUCGACCCCCGUUCCUCCCAAUGCUGCACCAAAUACUAGCUUUAGCUCGAAGUUUACCAAUAAAAAGAAGCCACAACCUGCUUCACAGGAAGGCUCCACCGGUUUGAUGCAGACAGAUCUAGGUACUCUGUUCUGA